AUGCACUCUGGAGGACAAUCAACAAUAGAUCCCUCCAGACCUUCAGAAAUGACGUCACAGCAACUGGUGCGCAUUUUAUUCCUGUUGGCGGCUGUGAGUGUGUCUCUGGCCGCCACCGGGAUCACGCCAGGCGCCGCGGGACAUGGCCCUGGAAGCCGCGAAGCCCUCGCGAGAAUACAUGGUGCCAAGAGGAGCCCGGACGCCCCACGCACGAACAGCAAGCAGGACCAAGAUCGCCGUCCUCGCCGGGGCCCUUCCGAGCAACAAAGCGUUCCGGCGAAGUCUCCCAGACACGCGAACCAGAUUCCAGAGGGCGAGGCCAAGGAGACCGUUCUGUUGGAGGCAUUCCUGGGUCCGUCCGGGGUCACAUUCCUCGUAGACGGCAGGGAGGCAUAUCGCGUGAUCAAUAAAACUAUGCCAUGGGGAACUGAGCGAGCCCGCCUUCACGCCGGCAUACACUAUGUGAUCAUAAAUGAGAGGUCAGGACAGGUCAUGCGGGCGACGACCUUUCUCACCUGGCAGCCAGAAGCCACGCGCCAACUGCAGGAUGUGGUUACGAGCACGAGAAAUGGCAGAGUGAUCGUCAUUUUAGCCACGCCCGAAUUCACCCGAUAUCUAAGUCAAGAUAUACUGAAGGAGUUUAAGAACCUGGGCUCCCAUUUCUCUGACCGCUUCGUAGAGCAUGACACCUGGUGCAUGGUUGCGAGGAAAGGCAUGGGCGUGAUUCACGAGUCCCUCACGACAACGACUCCUAGCACGUACACCCGCGACUCGUCCCCGGUCAGACUCCAGCUGGUCUUGCCUCUGACUCAAGGAGAGCAAUGCAGCUGGGACAACGAUAAAGAUCGAGUGAGGUUUUGCGAAACCUAUGGAGGAUAUGGCAGUUUUUGCAGGUGCGAAGGGCCGCCGUGGACUCCCGACCCUAGCAUGGGGCCAAAUUACCCGACGGCCGAGACAAUCCCCGUUGCCAUAGUAACAUCCCGACGACUGCCCCUCGUGCUGAGACAGGUGGCUCAAUUAUGGGCGUCCCCCGGAGGCGGGCACACGCCCAUCCUCAUCAUCGUGGAUGGGCGGAAUCAAGAGGCUCGAGACUUGGGGCGCCUCCUCAACCUGGCGGUGAUUGAGCACGACAAUCACGCUCCUGCAAGCACCUCUGCGAGAAUCAACAGCAUUGUCAAGUUUGCUCUCAGAACGGUGUUCGAGCGACAUCCUCACGUCGACCAUGCUAUCAUACUCGAGGAUGACCUUCAGCUGGCACCCGACUUCAUUCCGUUCUUCCAUCAGGCAUCUCGCGCCCUCCAGUCUGACCCACGCCUCCUCUUCGUCAACGCCUUCAAUUACAACUCCUACGCCCAUGCCGCCCAUGACCCAAGCAAGCUCUAUCGCGGCCACGGUAUCCCUGGCUACGGCUGGAUGACGUCACGAAAGGGGGCGGGGCUUAUGCUGGACAAGUGGGUGGGUGAGGAUCAGGUGAGGUCGAAAACGGGUGUGCAAUGGAUAUGCAACGGCUGUUAUUGCAGAUGACGAGGUGACACCUCAUCAGCUUAAUGAAAAAAAAAAUCGGAGAAAAAGGGAAAGGAUAUACAUCGAGGUAGAAAUUAGGAACACAAAACGAA